GCCACCUAUCCGCCUCUCCCCUCUUUUUCGCCUCUUCUACCGUCUACUUUCUCCUUCUGUCUUCCUCGAUUCAUCCAGCAACUAUACUCUCCUCCUUUUUUUUUUCCUUUUGUCUCUCACGCCAUUUGCAAGGUCCAAUUCUUGCAUCCGCCCAAGUCGUCACUGUCUAGCCGCCCAUCCUGGAGAAACGACACAAGCGACGCGCCAACGACACUCAGAUCCACCAUCCCAGGCCACCCAUAACCAGCAAACCGCCUGUUGCAUCAUUCUCCUUCUCGCCAUCUUCUCUUCGUCUUACUACUUUUAUACCUUCUCUGUUUAUUCUUCUCGCCUCUCAAAGCUUCACUUUGCUUUCCGUCCCGCCACCCAGAGCCAUGUCUGAUACAUCUCCCAACGGUCCCGGCACCGGCCACCGCCGCAGUUCAAUCACCCAGGCCGCCUUGUCCAACCUGUUCUCCCGAGGCCCUUCAAAUGCACCAGCUGGCCCUCCUUUCCCCAACGGCAAUGGCAACGCCGAUGCGCAGAGACGCCGCUUGUCAAUCACCACCAUUGGACUCUCCGGCACUUCGCCCACAGAUACCACCUCUUUCAUGCGACGCGGCAGCAUGUCCACCAACUCAGACUCCAUCAACGAAAACGCCAUUGAGGAUGAAGAUGCCAUGUUUGGCGGCCCUAGAACGGCCCCGACCACGCCCUUUGCCCGGCACAUGAGCUUUGGAGGCAAUGCUGCCAUGCGAACCUUCCGCAAUGGAAGCAGCCCCGGAAAUGACCAGUAUGGCUUCAAUUGGUCCGAGCAGCUUAGAUCCCGCGCCGAGAGCUCCGUUACCGGAUCCCGCCCUUCCUUUUCUUUCCAAGGCACCGGCUCCCAUUCUCCUCCGAGAGCCAUGCCCAACCAUGACCGCUCAAAGUCCAUCUCCGACAUGCCACAGCCUCCCGCACAGGCGUCCGCUGUUAAGCCUAAGCAGCCAGAGCGCCCCAAGCCCGAUGCUUUCCAAGAGAGAAUUCUCAAGGGCGACUUCUACAUGGACUGAACCUGCCAUGUAUGGCCAUUUCUACUGCUAGCGUAAUACGCUAUCACAAUAUAUGUUGCUAUUACGACGACUGAGAGCGACUGCAAUCUACUUCGCUCACUUGGAAGGGGCUGACUCUUUUUCUCUUUCGAUAUCUCUUCGAUUUCUGCUAUUAAUUUACUACUAGCAUCUAACUCCAUGCUCUGCGCGAACGGAUAUGAUCGACACCCGAGAAUCGACUUGAAGUUCAUGAUAGUAUGAGAGUGCA